AUGAAAUUUACUUACGCUGCUGUCUUGGCUUCUCUUGGUUCUGCUUUUGCUAAAGUCCUUUUGUUAGCCCAUCUCAAGGAGUCCACCGAGUAUGUUUAUGUUGCUUUACCAAAUGACAACAAAGAUGAUCGUUUAUAUAUUUCAAAUAAGUCAUCCUGGGAUUCCGGUUAUUGUCUUGUCCCAAAAUCUGAUCAACAAACCAAGUUAAUUACCCUUGCUUCUGACUAUGAUUCUGAAAAAUUUGUUAAUGUUGAUUCUAACGGGUUCCUUGUUUUAGCUGACAAAGGUUAUGCUUUUGACAGAAUUGACAAUGGUAAUAUUUUUAUUAACAAUGCUGACACUUUUUACCUUGUCAAGGCAGAUGAUAAAUCUGAAAAGGACGCUUUGUACAAUAUCAAAGUUCUGGGUACUGUUCCAGAUGGUAGUACUCCAGUCAACAUUGAUGUUUCCACAGUCACCUUUGCUGUUAAAAAGGAUGUUGCUACCCCUACUACUAUUACUACUACUUAUGUGUAA